AUGUCGUCUCUAGCGAAUGCAACUGGUGAAAUCGAGCAUGAUAUCGGUAUACGUAUAAAUUCUAUGGAUGCAGUUACUACUGAAGAUAGAGUAGAGAAUCCAUUUGAGGACACCCGAGUUUUUGUUGAAGUUCAAGUUAGGGAUAGAACUCAUAUGUAUCGAUCGAGGAAUAAUAUUAUAAUUGACCUUAUCUCUGGAAAGUGUUUGGAAGCUAAAGAAAAACGUGAGCCUACAACUGUAAAAAUAUUUGGGAUCAACUUUGCCGAUUUGUUUACGUCAGAUGUUUUCAGUAAUUGCAAUCUUGAUCCACUCUUGUCUCUAGAUAGUCUAGAAAACUCUCCCACCGAGCUUAAUUUUUGGAAUUUCUUUAAACACGCAGUAUCUAGGUUUGGUAAUAAAAGUGCUAAAUUAAACCUUGCGGAAAAGAAAAGUGUGCUAAUCCUAGUCGUCAAGAUAGAGCUCUUGUUUAUAGCAUACGGCGGCAACGUGGGCAAAGAAAUAAAAAUGCUUAAGUUUCGUCUACGUGGUUCUCGCAGCAAAAACAAUAAGAACAUUUGUGAAAAGAUGGGAAUAGUUGAUUACAAAGAUGAUCAUGGAGAAGCUGCACAAGUGAAAUCAACUUCAAUGCUAAAGACACACUACGUAAAAGCUUUCAACAAGGACAACAACGGUGAUGAGAAGGAAGAAUGCGUGAUUUGUUUAGAUGAAUUUAAAGAGGGGAAUAAUGCCAUGGAGUUAUACUGUGGGCAUGUAUUCCAUAACCAAUGUGUGAUCAAAUGGAUCAACGAAACAGAACCACAGAGUGUUUGCCCAAUUUGUAGGCAUCCCUUAAAUCCCUUUUCAUUUGAUACUUAA